GGCAUGUGGAGGAGAUAAGAAAAGAAAGUGCAGGAAGGAGGAGAUAGAUGCAGUGAUGUCAGUCCGGCCCACUCCUCAGUACAAAAUGCAGCCGAGCGGAGCUCAGCCUGCAUACCACUGCUGCUGACGACCGCUUUCUGAUCCCACACACACACACACACACAAGGGCACACUUUGCUCACGUCACACACUCAUCAUACCGCUCUCACAGAGGCGCCGGAGCUCAGAGCAGCGCUGGAAGAAGCAACCGGCUGGCAGCCACUGACAAUCUUCAGAGCUCAGUCAAUCCAGACCCACUGGGCCUUCACCUCCUCCAGCACAGAGGAAGGGGACUUGACAAAAGGACACAGCAGUGACCUCCAGCAGUUAGACCGCACCCGAUCCCACAUCCCUCAGAGAAAAGGGGAACCUGACUCUGGGACAGGAAAAAGGAGCGAUCGUACCCCACCGCUGAAACUCGACCCCGCCGGACGGAGAGACAGAAGGAGGAGGGUGGGGUGACCGACCGUCUCCGACAAGGAGGAGAGAUGCUGGCCAAAAUCCUGGAGGACAUGUGGGUGGAGCCCGAGGUGCUGGAGGCCCUCAGUGAGGAGCAGAAGAGGAUCCUCUUCCUGAAGAUGAGAGAGGAGCAGGUACGCCGCUGGAGAGAGCGCGAGGAGAAGGAGGAGACGGAGGAGACGGAGGAGACGGAGGAGAAGGAGGAGAGAGAGAACGGCGACGGGCCAAAGAAAGCGGCCGACAACAAACACGUGAGGUGGCUGCUGGGUCGGGACGGAGACGUGAGCGUCAUUGUGAUCGGAGAGGUGGACGAGUUCAGGUCCUCCAAACUCCUCCAGAGGCUCAUGAACGACAGAGUCCAGACGGCGGACUCGCUGUCAGGCAGAGAGGCCCAGGAGCUGUCCGAGGAGGACCCCGCCGAGGACAGCGACGGCGAAUCGGGCGGCAGCUCGGACAACCACGGCGACUGGACGCCGCUCAGCGAGCCCCAUCUCUGCGACCGCGGCGAGCGACCCCCGCUCAGGGCCCAGCUGUCAGAGACGGAGGGGGCCGGCCCACAGGACGCAGAGACGUCGCACUACGGCGGCCGCGUGGCGCAGCUGAGGAAGGCGUUCGCGGAGGAUCCUCGCAGCGCGCCGGCCAACGCCAAACCUCCCGUGCCCACCAAGCCGGCCCACCUCCAGAAAAGCGUCGCCCCCUCGAUCCCCUCGAACUGAAGGCGACGCGGAGGCAGAGCCGAGGGCUCCGCCGGACACCCGCCGGACCGGGAGAGAAGGAAUCCUCCCUUGAGCCUGAGAGACGCUUUUUGUAAGGCCGCGAUGAGCCGGACCGACCCGCAGACGGAGAGGCGUCCAGGCGGAGGAGGAUGGAGGAGGAUGGAGGAGGAUGGAGGAGGAUGGAGGAGGAUGGAGGGGUGUGGGGAAGAGAGAAAGACUCGUGAAGCUUUUUCCCCACCGAAAAGUCGACCUGAAUGAGAAAAUGAAGCAUCUUUAGUGUUGCCGAGUUCAAAUAAGCUUCACAUCGUUUGUGUGAUUGACAGGCAGACACAGAGAUGUCUAGAGACACACACACACACACUGUUGAAUACAGGUGGCUAAACACUGUGCUGUACUUGAUGAAUGAGUGCUCGUGGUAAAUGUUCCUCCUCACGGUAAGCAGAGGCUACAUGUGUUUGAUAAAAGUCGUAUCCUUCUGUUCAUCAAUCACAAGGGUGAAGCGUUUCUUUGAGGGACAAAAUUUAAAGAACUGAAUUUAUGAUAAAUAAUAAACUGACUGGUUUUCAAAAACAGUGUGCAAUCCCUCAUGUACACACACACACACCUGAACCAGCCCUUUAAAAGUCUGCUUUCAAUGCUUUUUUUAAACAUGCGAAGGAAUCAACAGGAUACAAUCCACCAAGGUCGUGGGUAAUUAUUGUCAUGUUGGCACAAUGACACCAACUGAUGGUGAUUUGGUGGAAUUAGUGAGAAACAAUAACUAUGAGGUUAAUUAGCUGACUCCUUUUCACUCUUUAUCAUAUUCAUACUUGGAUCCAGGCUGAAAUAUCUCGACCGGAUGAGAUGACUCUGCUUGACCUCUAGCACCAACAUGUGGCCCAAUAUUGUUGUUUAUGGCCAAAUAACUGUUGGCAGACCCACCCUGUACUUUGUGUUCAUGGCUAAUGAGCAAAUAUUACCAUUCCAACAUGCUAAUGAUGGUGAACGUAGCAAAAAUGGACAGCAGCUAAAUGUGUUGCGGUCAUCCUGUGAGCGUUCUGCGCGCUGACCUUUGAGCAUUUAGCUCGAGGCGCUGCUGCAGACACUCGGGGGGGGAUCUUUGCAGACCAAAAGUAAUUUGACAGAUUAAGGCGAGCUUUGAUAAAGUUUUACAAGUUAAUUGACCCCGAAGGUUAAUUCCCGACCUUGGAAAAUAGCCAUUGGAGACUAAAUUCCGGUCACAUGGUCCACUUAGGCCUACUUGGCUUUUUUUUUUAUCAGCCACAUCACACAACCGCUACCAUGUGACGGAAAAGAAUCCAUACCGACGCCCCACGAUUAGAACUCGAUCAUCUCCGACGACAACGGAAACAACAGACGGCCUCACGCGGGCGGCCGACGGCCCUGGAAACCGAGGAAGGUGACGCUUUAAUGAGAAUGUCUUUUUAAUACGUGUAAUCCGUUACUGCGACGCACAGACGUCAACAUCCUCACUUCCUGCUUGUUUUUGGGGCCUUUCCUGUUGCCUUCAGUCAGGUCUCCAGUUAAUGAAACACAUGACUGGUCAUGGUCACGUGGUAAUCUUGGCUGGGGUAAGAAAAUUGACUUUUUGGCCCUUAAAAGCACACAUCUUUUGGGCUGACCGACCUGCAUUGCCAUGAAUUUGGAACGGGUAUACAAAGAUUUUUUUUUUGGAGUCAACACUCUCACCCCGUGGCUAAUGUCUCAAUUCGACUCCAGUGUGCAGACUUUAAAGAACGGUGACGGCGUUCACUGGACACAAAAUUCCAACGACUGCACUGCAGCACGAAAGGGACAUCAGAUGCGUGGAAAAAAAGGCAAAUCCUUCUUGUAAGGACACGUGAUACCCGUGAGAGAUGUGGCAGUGCUUCAUCUUAAAGGGUUUGAGCUGAGGUUAUACUACCUAACGACUGGGUCACAUGAUCCCUUUACAUGGUCACUAAUUCCCUGAUAAACCUUUUUUUGUAAUACACCUUUUACUUGUA